AUGCAUACCUGGAAUGCCUCUCACAUCUAUCAUCACAGUUUUUUGCUGACAGGGAUACCUGGAAUGCCAAAGAAGAACCCCUGGAUGGCAUUCCCAUUGGGGCUCCUUUACACUCUCACUCUUCUUGGCAAUGGAACCAUCCUAUCCAUUAUUAAGCUGGAUAGUAGCCUCCAUGAGCCCAUGUACUAUUUCCUCUCCAUUUUGGCACUGACUGAUAUGGGUCUAUCCAUGUCCACCUUGCCCUUUAUGCUCAGCAUUUUCUGGUUCAAUUCCCCUGAAAUCCCCUUUGAUGCCUGCAUCACUCAGAUGUUCUUUAUCCACGGGUUUGGAGUGGUAGAAUCUGGAGUGUUGGUGUCCAUGGCCUUUGAUCGCUUUGUAGCCAUUCGGGAUCCAUUGCGUUAUGCUUCCAUUCUCACUUCUGGAGUCAUUGGCAAGAUUGGAGUAGCAGUCCUUGCCUGUGCUGUCUUUGUAGUCCUUCCUGUGCCCUUUCUUAUCAAGAGACUGCCUUUCUGUCACUCUAAUGUCCUCUCCCACUCUUAUUGUCUUCACCAGGAUGCCAUGCGACUUGCCUGUGCUAGCACAUGUGUCAAUAUUCUUUAUGGCCUUAUCAUUGUUAUUUUUACUCUGGGAUUGGAUGUCUUUAUUAUUCUUUUCUCUUAUGUACUCAUCUUGAAGACUGUGUUGGGCAUUGCCUCAUGGGCUGAGAGGCUCAAGGCCUUCAAUACCUGUCUCUCUCACAUCUGUGCUCUGCUCUUUUAUGUACUCCUUAUUGGUGUUACCAUGAUCCACCGCUUUGGAAAGCACUUGUCACCCAUUGUACACACACUGAUGGCUAAUGUGUAUCUGUUACUCCCACCUGUGCUUAACCCCAUCAUCUACAGUAUAAAGACUAAGCAGAUCCGUAAGAGGAUAGUCCAAGUAUUCUUUAGGAGAAAGAACACAAUUUAG